CGAGAGAGGUGGUCAGCGCCAAGAGCGACGGCUGCGUUUCUGCCUACGGAAGAGAUGGAUGCUUUGCUGCGCCACCAGAUAGCUGCUCGUUUGGCCCAAUCUAACUGCUCCAGUGCAACUGGUACACCUCCAUCGACGUCUUCGUCAACAUCCGCGUCUUCCGCCGCCUCGACGAUGCACAACCCGCACAUCCUCGCGGGCAUCGCGACGACGCCGGCGUCCAUGUUUCCCAUUGUCGAGAAGAAGUUCAAGAUACAAGUCAACGACGAGAUGGAGCGCAAGCUCUGCCUCAUCGGGCAGUCGCGCGCGCUCGGCCUCUUGUCCGACUUCCACCUCGUGCCACUGCGCGAGUCGAACGGCGUCGCGCUCUACGAGAUCGCCGACGACCAGCAGCUCUACACGAUGAAGGGCAGCGUGCUCAUCCCGUCGUCGUCCGUCGCCGACGUCAUGGCCUUCCUCGCCGUGCCCACGACCGAUCGAUUUCGGUAUGUGUUUGGCGAGCUCUUUGGCACGCUCUUCCUCGAAGGCACGGUGCUCCACGCCGCUGACGCGACUAAAAUGGCGCCGGACGAGAGCCUUAGCAUCAACUGGAUGGCGCUUCAGAACGCCAAGCACACGCUUGCGCACCGCGACUAUGUCUUUCUCAAGUACGGCACGCGGCUUGAGAACGCGCCGCGGCCAUCGCCGAACGGCAAGAAGCGCGGCGUCUUUACGCACCCGAGCGAAGAGCGCGUCGGUGUGCAGAUCUGGGAGUCGCUCGAGCUCGACUCGUGCCCGCCGUUGCCCGACUCGUUGCACGUCCAGCGGCACAAGUUUCGUCGGUCCGGCUUUGUGAUUGCACGCGAUCUGACCCGGAACGCGGUCCGCGUCUCGAUCUUCCUCUCCGAGCUCCAUGGCUCGUCCGACGUCUCGCAUUUGACGCAGAUCUGGCUCAGCAACAUGCUCGUGUGUCUCUCGCGCUUCUCGCAUGUCCUGGUCUCGCACCACCUCUCCCUCAUGGAGCUCAAGACGUCGUUUCCGGCCGACGACGCGGUCUGCGAGAGCUGCGCCAAGACGCGACCCAAGCCGCGGCUCUGGUGCUGCGUCUGCGCCAAGCCAUUUUGCCCCAAGUGCGUCGACACGCGAUCGGUGCGACAAAAGAAUGCGACAAUCGACGUCCGCGUCUGCAACCGGUGUGCGACGUUAGCGAUGCGGGCGCCGGCCAAGCCACCCAGUCUGGCGCCGCCACCCAUCGAGCCCGAGCCCGAAGAAGAGAAGAAGCGACAUGCACCUCGGCGCAUUCGGUGUAGCCCCGACGACGUCGAGCGCUGGCGCACGCUCGGCCGGUCCGUCGCGUCCGAGCUCGUGACGUACACGUCUCUCGACACCGAGUACAUUGGCGCAAGUAGCCACCACCCCGACGUGCUCUUUUACGAGGCGCGGCCGCCGCACGAAGCCAUUCGACGGGCGACCGUGACGCUGCCCGGCACGCCGCUGCACGCGGUGCUCAACCGCCUCGCGUUUCUCGAGACGGACCACCUCCGCCACAUCUUGUUGCAUCUCUUUGGUGAGCUCUUCACGGCCGGCGCACUCCUCUACUCGUCGCCGAGCGAAGGCAACGAGCGCGUCGAGGUCGUCGAGAUCGAGGGCAAGACAAUCGGUCGGUCGCGGCUGCUGCAAUACAUCAACCUCUUGCCCGACGGAUUGGGCGUCGUUGUCUGGGAGAGCCUCUCGGACGACAAGCUCUGGCACCAGUGCGGCUUUGUGAUCGAGCCCAUCCGCGGCACGCGCGUGUCGUUCUUUGUCGGAAGCUUGAAGCUGCAUAAAGUGCUCGAGAGCUUACGCUUGCACAAACUCCUCUCGGUGCUGCCGUUUGGCGACAAAUGCGACCUCUGCCGACAGCGCAACCCGCCGUCGCCGCCAUCGAGCCCCGAGCUCGCAGUGCUUCAUGAAGAGAGUGAGGUCGUACCGCCGCCGCCGCCGCUACCGGACCCGCUCCCGCUCAACGCCGUCUUGGCCAAGAACCUGCAGUCGCUCGGGCAUAUGCGCGCCGACGAUCUCCUCGCCGCUGUCGCAGAGCCCAUGCCGUUUGUGAAAGAGACGCGGGGUGUUGCGCUCUUUGCCCAGACAACGUCCGAGCUUUUGAUUGUCAAGGCCGUCGUUCUCGUGCCCUUUCUCAACAUUCCCGACGUCCUCGAUGUGCUUGCGAUGGAGACGACGCAGGCCUUUGAGCUCACAUUACGGCACCUCUGGGGCCCACUCCUCGUCGAGGGCGAGGUGCUCUACGCGAGCAAGAACGAGAGCACGCUCCAAGUGCACGCGAUGGUGCUCGAGAACGACCUCGAGUACCUCUUCAUUCAGUGCGCCAAGAGCAAUGACGACGAAACGCGGACCGCGGUUGUGUGGGAGUCGAUCGAACUCGACGACUACCCGCUCGUAGCGCCGCGCCGCCGCCAUCGGCUUCACCACUGCGGCUACGUCGUGGAAGAAGCUCUCCAAGGCGAGAACCCCGCGGUCCAGAUCUCGUGGGUCAUGUCGCAGCCGCUCUUGCACGAAGACGACGACAAGGACGAGGUUCUCGAGCACGGCCUUCCCGUCGACUGGCUGCCCGUGCUCGCCAAGGCCACGGAGCGCGCGUGGACGGACGCGGUCAUCGACCACCGACUCACGCAGGCCGCGCCGGUGGCCGUGGCGCCCGUCGACCCGAUGGCCACGUCCUGUGCGUCGUGCCGGCAAACGUUUGGGCGCACGCUGACCAACCGCCAGUUUUGCGUUGUCUGUGGCGAUGCUGUCUGUCUCGGGUGCAGCUCGACGCGCCAGCUCUUUGCAGGGCCGUGCUCGGUCUGCAACGGGUGCCUCCACAUGCACACGACGCAGCUGCUUCGGCGGUCGAGCUUGCCCACGUCGGCGCCCGCGUCGCCAGUGCCGGUGCCGCGCCGGCCGCCGCCGCAGCACUCCAUGUCGUCGUCGUCCUCGAGCGCCUUAUCUCGGACCAACUCGGCGCAUGAAAACGGCAAGUCGAUGUCGCGCACCAACUCGGCGCACGAGAACCGACAGCCGCGGCAACUGCAGUUGUCGCCGGACCGCCUCCAAGCGCUGGAGAAGCUCGGGCGGCAAGUCGCGUCUGAGCUUUGCUCCGACAUGAACGCCGUGCCGCUCAAAGAUGCGGCCAACGGCGUCCAGCUCUUUGAAGUCGACGACGGGUCUGUGUACACGAUGAAGGCGACGAUCACGCUCCCCAAGGUGCAGUCGCAUGACCUCCUCGCAAUGCUCUCGAUGCCGACGACCAAGCAUUUGCAUUAUGUGUUUGACGAGCUCUUCCAGCACCUCUUUGUCGACGGCAAGGUGCUCUUCAACAACGCCAAGACGAGCGCUACCAGCAGCAACCUCUCGGUGUUGUGGAUCCUCUUUCAGAGCGCGCGCGCCCACUUGCCGCAGCGCGAAUACGUUCUGUUGCAAGCUCAGCACACGUUCGGGUCGACCGCCGUGAGCGUCUGGGAGAGCAUUGACGUCGACGUGGACGGCCUCGUGCGCAAGUCGGUCGCGCCGCCGCCGCCGCUUGGGUCGCUCGUGCCCGACGUCCCGUUCAACGCUGUCCGGCUCAACUUGCAUCGGUCGGGCUUUGUGCUGCAAGACAUCCACGGUGGCACGCCAGCGUGUCGCAUCUCGUUCUUCCUUUCCGAGAACCACCACCAGCGGCCCCAAGUGUCGUCGACGACCAAGUACUGGCUCACGACGAUGGUGUCGAUGAUCUCGGAUCUGCACACGGUGUUCGCGGGCUACCAGCUCUCACACCUCCCGCUCGUCGACGCGUCCGAGCCGCCGCCGGCCAAGUGCCCGCACUGCUACAAGGCGUUUUCGCUGGUGCGCGUCAAGCACGCGUGUCGCAUCUGCGGCACGUUCAUCUGCAACAAGUGCUGCGAGUCCAAGCGGCUCAUCUUUGUGAAGGACCCGAUCCGCGUCUGCCACCGCUGCAUCCAGGGGGCGGUCAACACGGGGCCGCUCAAAGCCACGGUGAUCCGCGACCUCAUGGGGUCGCCGAGCACCGAGAGCUCGAAGUUGACGAGCCAGCUGUCGUUGUCGAUGACCAACUCGGGCACCGGGGCGCCGCGCCGAACCGACGACGCGCCCAUGGUGUACAAGCGGCCGUCGCGCGUGCACAUCUCGUCCGAGUUUGCCGCCGGGCUCCGAGCGCGGGGGCAAGAGCUGGUCGCGCAUCUGCUCUCGGACCGGCCGACCUUGACGCCGGUGAAGGAGCUCAACGGCGUCCAGCUCUACGAAGCCGAAGAGAAGGGCGUGUACAGCGUCAAAGGCACGCUGAUUUUACCGAAUUACGCCGUUGCUGACGUCUUGACGCUCCUCGAGAUGCCCGUGACCGACUGCUUCGUGACGACGAUGGAGGACAUCUUUGGCAGCAUCUUUUACAACGGGUCGGUGCUCUACGGCGACACGCGCAGCCAAGACAGCCUCAGCAUCAACUGGAUGGAGCUCCGGAACGCCAAGCCACAUCUGCCGCACCGCGACUUUGUCUUCUUCAAGUACGGGACGGUCUGGGACCGCGCCGUGUGCCCCACCGACGUCGAGCGCACGGUCGGCGUCUCGAUCUGGGAGAGCUUGGAUCUACCGGAAGCGUGCCCGCCGGCGCCGCUGGCCUCCAAUACCGUUCGCGUCGCCUUGCGCCAGUGCGGGUUCCUCGUCGAAGAGCUCGUGUCGCGCCAGAACCUCCGGCUUACGUUUGUGCUGCAUGAAAACAUCUCGGGCCGGAAGGCCGUCUCGACCAACACGCGGCUCUGGAUGCACAAGGUGGUCUCGGCGAUCGGCGACGUCAACACGGCGAUCCUCUCGCGGUACCUCGCCGAGUGCAACCUCCUCACGCACUUUUCCAAGGCCGGGCCGCUCUGCGUCAUCUGCGCCAAGUCGUUUUCGAUUUUGCGCCGGAAGGCCAACUGCUGCGUCUGCGGCGACGAGUGCUGCCACAAGUGCUCCGAGAUCAAGAAGAUUCGGUCCGGCAAGACGCUGCGGGAAGUGCGCGUGUGCAUCCUGUGCUUAGCGCCGGCCAAGGUGUCGCUCCAGCGCAUUGUCCCGUCUGCGACCGCGCCGACCGACUGCAUCGUGAUCCGAUAAGCUUUCAAAUCCACCAUCCCAUCUUGGUACUACGUCGUCAA